AUGGUCAAGGUUUGUGUGGUCGGCUGCCUUCAUGGAGAGUUAGAUAAGGUGUACGCGGAUAUCGCAUGCGCUGAGCAGCGAUACAACUUUUCCACCCAACUUGUCCUCUGCUGUGGUGAUUUUCAAUCUCUCCGCAAUCCCUCUGAUCUUUCUUCAAUUAGUGUUCCACCGAAGUACUAUCGCAUGGGUGACUUUUGGCGCUUGAUAUCAUCCUAUCACUCUACUUCCAGCUACUACUCUGAAGAAAUUAAAGCACCGAUUAUGACUCUGUUCGUUGGAGGCAAUCAUGAGGCUUCCAACUAUUUGCAGGAACUGCCUUAUGGGGGCUGGGUGGCGCCGAAUAUUUACUAUAUGGGUAAGCUUCUCAAAUUUAUUAGGCGCUACGAAGUUCCAUUUUUGCCUCCAUAA